CAGCACAAUAGAAUAACUGCAGACGCAUUUUGUUGCAAUAUGAUAUCUGUUAUUGUUGUGGAAAAGCUUUUAAAAUGAAAAGAUUCAAUAGAAUUCGGCUAAAAUUUUAGCACAGAAGGAAACAGGUUUUAAUUUUAAACAGAAUGGUUAUUGUGUUAACCCAUGAGAUAGUCUCAGCAAUUCUAUUUUAUCACAAUCCAGAAAAGUUCUUGACGUGCAACAGCCUCAGAAACUUUGAGAAAGAAAGAAAGAUAAAGGAGUUGUUACAGAAGUUAGAACAAUCUGCAGAUGUUGCUGAUUGGUUUACGUUAAUAGAAGAUGCAAUCAAAGUUCAAACAGCCAAACCGAUAUGUUGUGUGGUAUACUUAGCUGAAAUAGAAACUGGACAACUUCAAGAUGUCAGAAAAAAUCCAAUUCCAAACCAAGGAGUAUGCUGGGACGCCUACCAAACCAGACAAACAAAACCUUUCAAACUGCUGGCUCAAAAUGAUCCAAUUACAACCAUAGGGAAACAGAAAUGUACAUUUGACCCUAAAUAUGUGUAUUGUCAACCUAUUACAGAUGAAAAUAAAGUCAUAUCAGUUUUGGCUAUAUUAACUUCAUCAAAACAAGACUUCAAACCUGAAUCUUUAAAACCAAUAUCAGAAAAGCUUGUGGGGUGCUACAGAAGGCUGUGUAAAUGUCACACCAGGUCACUGGAACAAAAUUCUUCAUCUACUCCACCAGUUCAAGUACAGACCAGUGUAUUAAAGGAAGCUAUUAUACAGCUAUGUGGUGAAUUAUAUGACCAAGAUGCAGCAGAUUUACAGAUUAAAGUUCUCAAAUUUCUUGAAGACCACACAAAGGCAGAAUGUGCGUUUUUGUUGCUUGUUGUUCCAGAAACUCACGAAUUAUUUUGCCAAGUCAUCCGGGGAAAGAUACUGGAAGAAGAACUACGAUUUCCGGGCCAAUCUAGUAGCUUUGCUAUUGCCUUGGACAGGAGAUUACCAAUUACAUUAGAAGAUAUACCUUUAGACAAAAGACCAGGAAUUGAGAAUUUUAUAGGAUGUAAGCUUCAAUCCAUGCUAUGUGUUCCUGUGUCAAGUAAAGCCAAUGAAAAACUCAUUGCUUUAGCUUGUCUCGUCAAUAAAAAAGAUAAAGAAAGCUUUAACAAUGAUGAUAUUCAUAUUGUAAAAGAAUGUUUCCAGUAUACAUCUACAGUUUUAACCAGCACUUUAGCAUUCCAAAAUGAAAGAAAGCUCAAAAUCCAAACUCAGGCCAUGCUUCAAGUAGCAAGAAACCUAUUCACACAUUUAGGUGAGUUUACAUUACUGUAUGGUAAAGAUAUAGAUAAUUUUCCUUAUAUUAAAAGUGGACUUUUUGAGGUAAACACCUAUGGCUUACAAGCAGGCAAUGGCUUUGAUAGAAGUCACUGUAGACCUUAUGUUCCUAGAAAAUUUGGUCAACAGCUCAACAACUCAGCCAGGUUAGAUAUGCUAUUUUAUCGUCAAAUUGAUGCAGUGAUAGAAAAACAAGAUCAGCUAGCCAAUCAACUAACAGGAAUGGGAGAAGUUAGAAAGUUUUCUCCAGAAAAGGUUCCAAAAUAUCACCAACCAAAAGUGAAAUCUCCAGAAAAAAGGAGAACCAGAAAUCAAAGUCCUGAAAAGCAUUAUGGACAACCUUAUACCAAAGAGAGGAGAUCUUUAGAUGUGGAAUACUUGGAAUUUACACCACUGUUGGAAUCAACAAGGUAUAGUAAACCAGAUAUCAUAUUGGAGACUGAAGGAGCAGAGAAAUCCAUAGAUGUUAUGAUAUUAAAGGAUGAACGUGAUGGAAAAACAAUCAAAUUAAAUCUGCUAAGCAAUGAUUUAAGUACAGAAGAACAAGACUUUGAUGAACAGGCAUCAAAUUACAGUGAUGCUAAUGAACUACCUCCUAUAACACCAACAUAUGAACGUACUGUAAGAAAAUUCUUUACUCCACCUCGUCCUGAUGAGUCUGUGGAUCUUGAUGUUGACAAUGCAUCAUAUAGAACUGCUAGAAGUCCAGUACAUUCAGUCAUGUAUUCUGCCUGUGAUGAGACAGAGAAUGAUGACACUGAGAAUUUAGAAGAUGUAGAUGAUGAGAAUAUGCCAGAGGAUAUAAGAAAUUUCUACAACAGUAUGAGAGAGACUGAAAAACAGCUAAAUACCAGUUUUUCUGAUACUAAAGUCUUCGACAACACUUGUAAUGAUGAAAUGACACAACAUUCACAUGUAUCAGACAAUGACUUUCAUAAGGCAGAUGCCAGACUAUCUACCAGUGAACCAUCACUCAGUAAUAUUCAUGAUCAGGCCUCCUUAGCACCAGACAUAACAGAUAGCAAACCAGAGUUCAAUGAUGCAUUCAUCCAGGGAAGUUCAGAGUCCACACUUGCAGCUGAUUCCGAUAUAUCGAUCGUCAGAAAAAAAAGUGCUGAAGAUUUUGUAGAUAAGGAUGUAUCUAAAAUCAAACUUCUAGGACGUACUACUUCGGUAAUUAUAGAAGAUGUUGAUACACAUCAGAAGGUGACAUUGUCAAUACAGGUUUCAAAUGCUGAUUCUGCUGUCUAUUCCGAUGAAGAUGAAACUAACUUGACUCGUCAGCUGCCCAAAAUAACACAAUUUUCAACUACCGGUAUAACCGAGUAUAUGAGAAGAAUUAGUGUGCCCUCUACAGAAAAUGUUCCUUUAGAGACAAAUGACUUAACCAAACUUUUGAGAGAAAUUAUGCAAGAAGCUAGAAAUUUGACACAAGCUGAAAGGUGUUCAGUAUUUUUAAUUGACCAAGAAGUAGAUGAGCUUGUGGCCAAAGUAUUUGAUGGAAUUUUAGCAAAUGACAACGAGGUUCAAAAUGAAAUCCGAAUGCCAAUAACUCAGGGAAUAGCAGGCCAUGUAGCUACUACUGGUAAUCUACUCAAUAUUAAAGAUGCUUAUGCACAUCCAAUGUUUUACAGAGGAAUAGACGACUCAACUGGUUUCCGUACAAGGAACAUCCUGUGCUUCCCAAUUAAAAACGAAACUGAUAAUGUGUUAGGAGUAGCUCAGCUUUGUAAUAAAAUGAAUGGUCCAUAUUUUACCACCUUUGAUGAAGAUGUUGCCUCAGCAUUUGCAGUGUACUGUUGUAUUAGUAUAAGUCAUUCAUUGAUGUACCAGAAAGUCAUAGCUGCUCAAUAUCGUAACAGCCUUGCUAACGAAUUAAUGGUUUAUCAUAUGAAGGUGGCAAGUGAUGAAGUUCAAGAAUUAGCACAAAGUGAAAUUCCACCUCCAUCUCACUGGCAUGCUAAUUUUAGCAAAUUUAAUUAUCCACCCAGAGAAGUUCCAGAAGAUGACACACCAUUAUGCUGUUUAAGUAUGUUUGAAGAUUUAGGAUUUAUAUCAAGAUGGAGAAUAAAACGGGACACACUUGCAAGAUUUAUAUUGAUGGUAAAAAAAGGCUACAGAAACCCACCAUAUCAUAAUUGGAUGCAUGCCUUUGCAGUAGCACAUUUCUGUUAUCUGUGUAUAAAGAAUUUUAAAUUGAAUGAAUGCAUGGAAGAUAUAGAAUUGUUUGCAUUGUUUGUAUCCUGCCUUUGCCAUGAUAUUGAUCACAGAGGGACAAAUAAUUCAUAUCAAGUUGCUUCUAAAUCAGUACUGGCAGCUCUAUACAGUUCAGAAGGUGCUGUGUUAGAGAGACAUCAUUUUGCUCAAACUAUGUGUAUAGUAAAUACUGAAGGAUGCAAUAUAUAUGAAAAUUUAAUAAGCAAGGAUUAUCAACAUGUUUUAGACUUGAUGAGAGAUAUUAUUUUAGCAACUGACUUGGCUCAUCAUUUAAAGAUUUUAAAGAAUAUAGAAGCUAUGGCAAAAGAUAAAUUUGAAAAAACAAAUCUUAAGCAUAGAAAACUAUUGCUAUGUUUAAUAAUGACUGCAUCAGAUCUCUCCGACCAAACAAAGCCAUGGGAUUCAACCAAACAUAUCGCUGCUUUAAUCUACAAUGAGUUUUUCUCCCAGGGAGAUUUAGAGAAAUCAUUAGGUAGAACACCUCCUGAGAUGAUGGACAGGGAAAAGGCUAGGAUACCAGAUUUACAAAUUGGUUUCCUAGACCAUAUAGCAUUGCCUGUAUAUAGAGUUUUACAAGACUUAUUUGUUGAAGCUAAAGUUGUACAUAAUACUGUCAAAGAAAAUCAUAGACACUGGGAGAAAAUAUGUGCUCUGAUCAAGUUACGGCGUGGAGGUAGCUGUGAACAGAUGAGUUAUGAUCAGAUUUUAGCUUUAGAAGAGGAAGCUAAUACUUUACCAGAAGACGAAGUUAAAAGUGUAACACAAAAUGGUCACUGACAAUAAAAUCAUUGUGUGUGGGUAAUGUUUUUGUAGAUGCUCAAGUCAUCUAGGGUAAAGUUAAGUUGGUCUGAUAUUAACAUGCAAGAUAUUGUUAUUAAGAUGAGAUUCUGUAACAUGAAUUGUAAAUCAAUGGCUUGUAACAGAUGGGAUAGAAAAUACUGAUUGUUCAAUAAUAUUUAUUUUGUGAUAGGAAAAUAACAAGGCUUUUCAGAUGUAUAAUACUUUAAUUGAUAUUUAUAUUUUUACAUAUGACAGAAAUAUGAUUUUACUAUAGAAGUAUGCAGAUGGCAUUUUAACUAUUGUUGGUAAACUUUUAAUAAAAAGAAACUACUAACAUUUUAAAACUUAAAAACUGAACUAUAAACUGACUUAUUUUCUAUAUCAAAGAUCUUAUGAUAUAUUGCAUUCUUAGUUUCAUCAUGUUAUAUAAACUAGUACUCAGUUAUAAAUUUGAAUUAUUUUUUUGUUU